GUACAAAAACAGUACAAAGCUACAAACAUGCUUUGCUGCACUUCCGGUGUUUGGGUGACGUCAUAAAAGUGCGUCAUGAGAGCCGUCUGCGCUUCACUUUCUUUCCAACCGCAGCGGAUAUUUGACCAUAGGUGAGUCAGGUUGCGGUUGCGGACCACGCCAUGGACUUCGCCGAGUGCUACGACGACACGGUGUCCUGCCUGGCCAAGGCCACUCGCGGCGGCUGCAGGAGGAUCGUACGGAAGCUGAUCCGCGAGGGCCACAGUGUGGACUGUCACGACAACCGAGGCUGGACGGCCCUGCACGAGGCGGCCGCCGCCAGCACUGUGGGCUGCCUGAAGGAGAUUCUGUCGGCGGCCGCUCUGACUGCCGGCCCUUCCUUCAUCAACUCUGCCACUCACGAGGGGGAGUCUGCCUGCUACCUGGCGGCAAAGCGAGGCUGCCUGGCGAUGGUCCGCAUCCUCCUGAGAGCGGGCGCCAACAUCAACCAGUCCACCAAUGACCUGUCCAGUCCUCUGUAUGCAGCGGUCAGCGGCAACCACCGGGACGUGGUGCGGCUGCUGCUGGACAAAGGUGCCCGGGUCAACGGCAACCACUCGUCUUUCUGCUGGACCUGCCUUCAUCAGGCUGUUUUCAAGGGACAUGAAGGCGUGGUCAGCAUGCUGGCAGGCGUGGCACACCUGGAGGCCCGCGAUGACAACGGACUCACACCUCUCUUCCUGGCAGCCCAGCAUGAACGGAGGACAUGCCUGAAGGUCCUGGUGGAGGCCGGUGCCAACGUGAACACGCAGGCGGCUGACAUGGCCACGCCGCUGCUGAUCGCCUGCCAGGAGGGUCACGCCGCCUGCGUGGACGUCCUGUUGGAGCACGCCGCCGACCCCAACAUGACCUGCAGUAAGGAUUGGCCCCAACUUCCCAUCCACGCCGCCGCCGAGUUCGGCCAUUGCAGCAUCGUCAGGAGGCUGGUACCCGCCACGGAGCGCAGGUGUGAUAGAGGCGAGGGCAUGGUGAGUCCGGUCUACUCGGCGGUCCAGGGGAAACACCUGGAGGUUCUAAAGCUGCUUCUGAAUGAAGGCUUCAGCCCCGAUGGACAAGACUGCGACGACCUCCUGGGCUACCGCUCGCCUUUCGCCGCCGCCGUACACGAGGCGCACCUCGCUGAUCACAAUCCACUGAUAAGCGUGCUGCUGGAGGCGGGCGCCCGUCUGAAGGAGGAUGAUUGGACGGACAUUGUACGUUUUGACAAGCGCCCCCUGCUGGAGGAGGUGUUGUCCAUCAUGUGGAUCACGCCUCCAGAAAGUGGCGACUCGGCAGCGGCGCGGCGUGCGGGCAAGAGGGUGAUGACGCAGCAGGAGCUGAGGGACAUGCUGCGUGCGGUGCUGGGUGAUGUUCUGCACGCCAACUAUUGGCUGCCUGGUGUUCUGCAGGCGGGACUCGAACCAACGUUGCUGCUGCAGCCCAACUUGCUGGGGGGGGCACGCAGUGACGUGGUGAACUAUCUCCUGCACUUUGUCAACUGGUCCACCUUGUCGCACGCUGACAAAGUCGUUCUGGGUCGGAGACGGGCGGAGGAGACGUGGCAACCACACCCCCACUUUGACUCCAUCCCUACUCUCGCCCACCUGUGCCGCCUGGAGGUCCGACAACAGUUGGGACCAGACGUGGUCAUGAGGACCGACUGUGUCCAGCAGCUGCCCGUGCCAUGCUGCCUGCAGGACUUUCUCCGCUUCAGGGACAUUCCCAAGCCUUCUGACUAAAUGUUCCUUGGCUGGUGAUGAUCACAGUUUCUUUCUGCUAUGAAAGUUCAAAUAAAACACAUUUUUCAUCUUUAUUUGGAGCAGAGGAAUUUAG